AAUGGUAAGAUGUUUUUGUUAUUUUAUUAUUUUUCUUUAAUUAUAUUUUUAUAGCAUGAUUUUUAAGGGGUUAGGGGUAGUCAGAAUUUUCAAAAAAUCGAUUUUUUUUUUUUUGCAUUUUCUUAAAGUAUAAUAUUUUAAAAAUAUUGUGUGAAAAUUUGAAGUGAAUCCGACAAAUUCUUUUCGAGUUAUUUAACAAUGACCAAAGGACGCUCGGGUGCUACGUGGCAUUCGAGAGCAGGUAGCUAGAAACAGCUGCAAGCAACCGACUUUUCGGGUUUCAUUGUCAUGAAUAUCUCCCCAUUUUAAUGUAUUUAUAAUUAUAUAUAUAUAUAUAUAUAUAUAUAUAUAUAUAUAUAUAUAUCCUUCUACAUAUAUUCACAAUUUGUAGGUAGUACAAGAACUGAAAAAUAAUUUUUGGUUGCCAGUAUACCUGUAGUCGUUGCACUGAUCAGUCGAUAGUUUUGUGAUAAAUUAUUUCUCAAGUGAAUUAAAUUAUUAACCAUGGGACGUGAUUCUAGAAAGGUUUCAAGAGAACUUCGGAGUUCUGAAAAAAUUAAUAAGUCGCGUUCAGUCAAAAGAAAGAAUGUUUUUAAUCCGAAAACAGCCGAACGUGAUGAAAGUAUUCAGAGUACAUCUUCUAAAAAAUUAAAACAAAACACUGAAGAUGAUGUACCUGAAGACAGCAGUACUGAAUUUCGAAUAAUAAAUUUUAUUCAGGUAUUCACUGCAAUUGAAUGGAUGGGGAGUCGAUUACGUACGCUGAAGAGUAAACAAAAAGGUCUUGGUGGUCGAGGUAAGCUCACAGGAAAAUUAAUAGACAAACUAACUGUGUACUAUGGUUUAGCAAUACGCCGGCAUUGUGAUUCUAUUGAAAAUAUGAAAUCUGCUAUAAUGGCAACCUUUUAUCACUACGGCUCGAGUGAUGAAAAACCGAAUCAUGAUAUGUGUCCAAAAGGCGAAGAAUCUUGGUGCUCUUACCAGCGCGCUGAAGCAAGAGGAGAGCUUGAUACCUUUUCUCACGAUUAUUCUCCUUUACCUUGUGAUGUUUUAAAAGCUAUCAAGCCUAUAUACGAAGAUCUUAGUAAUGAAAAUUUACUUUCAAGAUGUGUAGGUGGAUUCAAUCAGAAUAAUAAUGAAAGCUUUAACCAACUAGUAUGGAAAAUAUGCCCAAAAACGGUAAAUACUAGUUUUACUAUCGUACAAAUAGCUGCAUACGUUGCUAUGUGUAUAUUUAAUGAGGGUAUAAAUUCAUUAUUAGUCUUGAUGAAUACACUAGGACUUAAUUGUGGGCCUAAUUCUCAUCGGUAUGCAGAAAGAAUGGAUGCUGCACGUAUCAAAGUAGCAGAUAAGCGCGCUAAUGAUAACACCCGAGAAGGUCGAUUGCAACGUAGGCACCAGCAAAUCGAUAUUUUGGAAGCUGCUAUGUCGGCUGAAGAGCUAUUAUAUGGUCCAGGAAUAGAUGACUCAGUAUGAAUCUCCAAGGACUUAUGAUGAUCACCGCAAAGGACUUCGGGAGGAACGGGCUCUACAAAAACAGCGAUAACUUUUUGAAUUAUUAAUUUUUUUUUUUGAAAUUUUCGUGAAGUCAAAUCGAAACGUGUUCUAAUAAAGCUAUGUUUUUAUUUUUGUCAAAUAAAGUAAUUAACUACAAAAAAAAAAUUAUUGAAAAUCAU